CGCUGACUCUGACAGCUGCUAGCUCGCGCCACAUGCGGCUUUAACAAUACUGCGGCUCACACAGAGUACAGCCAGUCAGGACGAGGUGCUUCUUCAGUCGACCUCACGGACUUUCUUACUCUUAACAAGGAGAUGAAUAACUUCAUACUUAUCUUACCUACUUUGCUUUUUCUAUUUGGACCAGCACUGUGCUCAGAAGAUGAGACCAGAUUAGUAAAGUCUCUGUUUACCGGAUAUAACAAGGUUGUUCGUCCUGUUAGCCAUUUUAAGGAUCCAGUAGUGGUUACCGUGGGACUCCAACUCAUUCAGCUGAUCAGCGUGGAUGAAGUUAAUCAGAUUGUCACCAGUAAUGUGCGGCUAAAGCAGCAAUGGAAGGAUGUGAAUCUGCAGUGGAAUCCUGAUGACUAUGGUGGCAUCAGAAAAAUCAGAAUUCCGUCCACUGACAUCUGGAAACCAGAUUUGGUGCUUUAUAACAAUGCUGAUGGAGACUUUGCCAUCGUCCAUGAGACAAAGGUCUUGUUGGAGCACACGGGUAUGAUAACAUGGACUCCUCCGGCGAUCUUUAAGAGCUACUGUGAGAUCGUGGUCCUUCACUUUCCCUUCGAUCUGCAAAACUGCAGCAUGAAACUUGGAACGUGGACCUACGAUGGCAACCUUGUCAUUAUCAACCCAGACAACGACAGACCGGAUCUCAGUAAUUUCAUGGAGAGCGGAGAGUGGGUGAUGAAGGAUUACAGGAGUUGGAAACACUGGGUGUACUACGCUUGCUGUCCAGAUACGCCCUACCUUGAUAUCACUUAUCACUUCCUCCUGCUCCGCCUCCCACUUUAUUUCAUCGUUAACGUCAUCAUCCCCUGCAUGCUGUUCUCCUUUCUCACUGGGCUUGUGUUCUACCUGCCCACAGACUCUGGUGAGAAGAUGACCCUCAGCAUCUCUGUCCUGCUAUCCCUGACUGUGUUCCUGCUGGUGAUUGUUGAGUUGAUCCCCUCCACCUCCAGUGCCGUUCCACUCAUCGGCAAAUACAUGCUCUUCACUAUGAUCUUCGUCAUCGCUUCCAUCAUCAUCACCGUGAUUGUCAUCAACACACACCACCGCUCGCCCAGCACACACACCAUGCCUGCUUGGGUCCGCAAGAUCUUCAUAGACACCAUUCCAAACCUGAUGUUUUUCUCCACUAUGAAGCGGCCAUCCCAGGAACGACAAGAAAAGCGUCUCUUUCCUGCAGAUUUUGACAUCUCUGACAUUUCAGGGAAACCCAUGCCCGCCUCUGUCACUUACAACUCUCCCAUAACCAAAAAUCCUGAUGUACGUAGUGCCAUAGAGGGUGUUAAAUACAUUGCGGACACCAUGAAAAGCGACGAGGAGUCCAACAAUGCUGCAGAGGAAUGGAAAUUUGUCGCGAUGGUCCUCGAUCACAUUCUUCUAUGUGUAUUUAUGGCGGUGUGUAUUAUUGGCACAUUAGGGGUGUUUGCCGGACGUCUGAUUGAGCUCAGCAUGCUGUGAGAGCCCAAAGGCCCAACUGAAGCCUGGGACUGGAGUGCCUUGACUCUGCUGAGCUGUAGCAAAGAGGCAAAGAUGCCUGAUCAGACCAGAUGUUAUUGGAACAGUGAGCUUAUUCAACAGCUGGAAAAUAAACCACGCACACUGUUUGA